CCCAAAAAGGGUCGAAGAUCUCAAGCGUCAAUUUGAGAAACGUUUCCCUUUGUGUUUCGCUUGUAUACAUCCACUCUCGGCCUCGAACCAAACCUUUCAUUCAGCGACUUUCCUUUCAUUUAUUAAUCACUUCCACACUCUUUUAACCUGUCUUUCCUUCCCGAUUGACCCCCACUUUCGGUCACUAUGUCGACAUUACCCGUCACCUCCCUCCUACAUUCGAUACAGUACCAACGAAAGUCAAAGCACAGAACAACGUCUCUGGCCCUCUUCGGUCUUAUCGCUGUCUCAUUCUAUAUAUUUUUCGUUGCGAGACCUUCAUUGGAGCUUGCUCCUAUUGCACUCCGUUCCGACCUCAAACAUGCAGGUUCGCAUGUGCAGGAGAAAGAUUCUCCCCCGCCAUCAUCCAGACUCUUUCGUCUACCUCCAAAUACUCAAAGAAAGACCGUCAGUAAUGCCAACCGUCCUCAAGUUCAACUGGAUGAGUUGCAGGAGUUGGCCGCAGUAGCUGCUUUCGUAGUUGCACUGCCACAGAACAUGAUUCCCCGGUCAAUAGACCCAACCCAACCUAUUGACCCCCAACUCGUGCUGGACUUCGACACUCGCAGUCCGCGCGCCGCAGAUGAAGUAAACCAGAUAGUGGAAGAUGUGUGGUCUCGUUAUCCCGUUAUGCUGUUUACCAAGCUCCACCAUGCUAAUUCUAGAGAAAUAAGAAAUAUGAUUUUAAAUAUGGACUUACGGCCAUCUCCUGCGAUUUUUGAAGUCGAUCAGCGAGAGGACGCGGAUGUUUUGAUUCCUUUGAUGCACCGGCUCACAUCUUCAACCGAGCUUCCUAUUUUACUUGUUGGGGGCAAACCUGUUGGCUCGAUGACUACAGUCCGCGAGCUCAACGAAUCUGGCGAACUGCAGAAGAUGAUUGUCAAUGCUGGUGCGGUCUUUGACGGCGCGAAGAAGAAGAAAGGACACUAAAAAAAACGAUACCUUCGUAUCGGUCUUUUCUUAUCACUUCUUAACGACCUAACGACCGGCAUGACCAGCAUGCUUCCCGGCGAUCUGUAUGAUGCAAACCAAAUUUCUAUGCAUACAUGUACAUCUGACACCCGAUAAUCCCAGGUGGAUGGACCAGUUGCUAUCGGAUGUCACGCAACCUCCAACCUUGUCUUUCAUUUAAUUCUCGUGGUGUUAUAGCGGGACCAUUAGUGCUUACUUCUUGCUUUCUUCUGCAUCAUAGACUCCAUCAAUAUUCACAUCACUCCACAGCCAUAGACUUUGAUGUGAUUUCUUAUAGCUUUCUAGUACCUACCACGUAUGUAUGUGCGUAGUCACCCGACAGCUGCUCUAGUUUACAUGUACAUACGGGGCAUACUUGGGGUGCGACGUUCAACGCCAAGGCAAUCAAUUCAUUUAGUUUUUCCUUCUU